AUGAAUAAACGUGUAAAAGAUGGAGCUGAAAAAGAACGAGAAAGAAAAAGGAAGAAAAGGGAAAAUGAAGCGGCACAGUGUCAUAACAUCGGAGAUUUGUUCAAAGCUAUUAAGAAAACAGACCAUAAUACGGAUAAAGUUGAUGAUAACGCUAAAGACCCAGCAUACCCCUUUACCUCUACUUCUACUUUUGUAGAAUGUGAAAAAAAUACAGAAUUUGAAGCAUGUGACCACGGCACUCUAUGCGAUAUAAAUAUAUCGGACACUGAUGAUGCCUCGCAAUUUUUUCUGACAGUCGAGCAGUCGCUAGCAUCGAUUGAAAAUAAAAAUACUUUGGAAAUUACUGAAAAUGAAAAUCGAGAAUGUGGUAUCGUUGAGAAUUUUAAAAGGCCAUCUAAAAAUGACUAUUAUUCUUUUUUCAAAAUUCAUCCAAUACAACCUACUGAUAAAGUUAAAUUCAACCCAAGUUUGGCCUAUUUUCGAGAACACCUUGACACCAAAAAAAUCAGAAGACAGUGGAUCUCAUUUUGCGAACAGAGUAAUAAUUUUUUCUGCUCAUUCUGCUUAGCCUUUAACAAAGAACCGAAUUCAUUCACGAAAGGCUGUAAAAUUGAUCCUCACAGAAUAUAUGACCGAAUAAGAAAGCACGAAAAAUCGAUUGCUCAUCAAGCAUCAGCAGAAUCCUUUUUAUUGCAAAGUAAAAUGAAAGAUAUAUAUAGCUUGUGCACCGAUACCUCUAAAAAAUCACAAGAAAUUAAUGAACGGAGGGACAUCUUAAAACGGAUUGUUGAAACGGUUAAAACUUUAGGAAAACGAGGUCAAAGCUUCAGAGGUGCAAAGGAGGCUGAAGCUGCCUAUACUUUGGAUGAUACCUGUGCUGACCACGGUAAUUUUUUGGAGGUUCUUUUGUUAAUUUCUAAAUUCGAUCCUAUACUCAAAGUCCACAUCGAUAAAUCGAUAGAACUAAGCCGUAAAGCACACCUUAAGAAAACUGACAAAAAUCGACCUGGCCGUUCUGGAUCGAUCAAUACAUUUUUAUCGAAAACUACCGUCAAUUAUAUCAUAGAGUCAGUAUCUUCGUUAAUAAAAAAGAAGGUUUCUGAAGAAAUCAAUAAGGAUGGAAUGUUCUAUAUCCAAAUUGAUUCAACUCAAGAUAUCAAUGUUCAUGAUCAGCUGAGUGUUAUUGUAAGAUAUGUUUCGGAAGAUGUAAAAGAGAGAUUGUUUGGAAUCAUAAAUUGUACCUCUAGUACAGGUGCCAACUUAUACCAAAUUGUAACGGAAUUACUUGUUAAAAAUGGCAUUGAUAUGAAAAAUUGUAUUGGUUCUGCUACCGAUGGUGCCUCAAAUAUGCAAGGCCAGUAUAAGGGUUUUUCGGCAUAUAUGGAGAAAAAUUUUAAUGGCCAAGUGCAUGUUUGGUGUUACGCACAUGUACUUAAUUUGGUGAUGGCUGACACGACCAGCAUUUCCGUUGAAGCAAUUUCGUUAUUUGCUAUUAUUAACCAAUGUGCAGGAUUUAUUCGUGAGUCUUAUAAAAGGAUGGCAGUUUGGGACACCGUGACUGAUAAAAAAAAGAAAAUGUUGUCUUCAAUUGGAGAAACUCGUUGGUGGGCAAAAGAUAAAGCUCUAACAAAAAUGUUUGGACAUUACAAUAAUCCAAAAAAUGCAGCUUUUGUAGAGAUUAUAUUAACCCUAGAGGAAAUUGCCAGUUCAUCCAAUUUCGCAAACGAAGCGCGUUUCAAGGCAAAGUCCAUUGCUGACUCACUGAAAAAAUUUGAAGUAAUACUAAGUGCUCAAAUCUUUUUAAAAAUUUUUGAAUCGACAACUCCAUUAUCCAAAUACCUUCAAACAAACGGAAUGAAUCCUAUUAUGGCAUUUAAAAUGGUUGAAAAAACCAUAACCACCCUCAAAACAGACUCAAGGAGUUUUGAAGCAGUUUUGGUAGCUGCCAAAAAAUUUGUCCUUUGGGCAAGCCGAAGAAUGGAUGAUGAAUCCGAAGAAACCGCGACAGAUGUUGAUGAUGAUAAUAAUGACCCUCUCGUUGAAGUGGAAAGAGAACCAUAUUUUUCGUCUAAUUCUGCUGCAAAACGAAUUAAAAAAAGAAAAAUGAUGCCUGGGGAAAAAAGUAAUGAUGAAUGUAUCGCUGAUCCAGAAAAGAGAUUUGAAACAUUUACAAUGUUAUUUAUGACAAUGCUUUGCAAAGUUUGGAAAACAGAUUCACAGGCCACCAAACAUUAUUUUUGA